AUGCCGCCGCCUCCACCUCCCAAGAAACCGACCGAGCCUCAGGGCAAAAGCGAACGCAACGAAUACAUUCCCUCUUUCAUCUCCAAGAAACCCUUCUACAUCGACGACGCAACCGCCUCGCAAGAAGAUUACCUCGAGCAUCAGCGUCUCCAAGCCCAGAAAGAUGAAUCUCUCGCAACUCAGAAAUGGUACACCAGAGGUCAGCGCGCCGGCGCUGCUACAGCUACAAAAUACCGCAAAGGUGCUUGCGAAAACUGUGGCGCCAUGGGACACCAAAAGAAGGAUUGCUUGUACAGACAACGGAAAGUAGGCGCGAAGUUUACGGGCAGAGACAUCAAGGCAGACGAGAGUGGUCAAGACAUCAACAUGGGCUGGGAGGCCAAGAGGGAUCGAUGGAGUGGCUACGAUGCGCGCGCAUACCAAGAAGUCGUCGACGAAUACAACGACCUCCAAGCCAUCAAAGACGCCAAACGCAAAGCUUCUGGAAUCCCCGAAGAGGGAGAUGAGGACGACGAAGCAGCAAACCAAGAAGACGGAGACAAGUACGAGGAAGAAACAGACAUGGGCCGCAAACAACCAAACUCUUCCCGAAACCUGCGUCUCCGAGAAGACACGGCAGGCUACCUCAANAACCUCGACCUCGAAUCCGCAAAAUAUGACCCGAAAACUCGCACCUUGAUUGACGAUGCAGAAGGUGAAUUCCAACGUGCUUCGGGCGACGCUGCCGAGUUCGCGCGUGCACAACGCUACGCCUGGGAAACUGCAGAAAACAACGGCAGCAACAAUGUCCAUCUCCAAGCCAACCCUACAGCAGGCGAGCACUACCGCAANAAAGAAGCAGAAGAGGCCGCCGCAAAGAAAGAAGCUACAAGGAAAGCUCUGCUGGAAAAAUACGGUGGACAAGAGCACCUAGCCGCCGAUCCCCUCAAACGCAUCGCAAUUACCGAAAACGAAGUCUACGUCGAGUACGACGAGAGAGGCAGAAUCAAGGGCUUGCCAGAGAAAAAGGAAAAAUCCAUGUAUGCAGAGGACGUGCUACUCAACAACCAUACCUCAGUAUUCGGCUCAUGGUGGAAGAACUUUACCUGGGGCUACGCAUGCUGUCACUCCACAAUGAAAAACAGCUAUUGCGUUGGCGAGGCAGGCAAAACCGCUUCCUCAAAUGCCGACAAACUGGCCACUGGCGCUCUGCUCGAGGACCCAGCAGCUCUGGAAUCCAAUGCUGCAACAGAAGUUCCCAAGUCCAUCGCUUGGAGGGAAGAAGAGCGGAAUGAGGAACAUGUGCCCAAUGCACCGGACAGACCUGAAAAGGCGCGUAUGGAUGAGCAACACAGCAACAAAGCACCAGAAGACAGAAAAAGAAAACUCGACGAGAUACGCGAUGGCGUGACAGAAGAAGAACUGGACGAGUACAGAAAGAAGAGAAGUGCUGGCAACGAUCCUAUGGCUGGAUUGCUGGGUAGAGAUGAACUGGUCGAGUGA